AUGCGAGGCCACACCGCUGCUGCCACAGCACCUUGCCGUCAUGCUCCAGCUGUUGCAGGACACCGACCCCUCGCACGACCAGGAGCACGCAGGCCAACCUCCAACUCCUACACGUAUGAAGAAGAAGCACCAGCACCACCACCACUCCAGCUUGGCCAGGAACCGCCGGCCACAGGCAGGGCUGGAGACGCCACUCCUCGCAGUCAGCAGCCAGCCGAGCCGCGGCUGCGCCCCGGGAGCACGCACGCGAGAGGCCAUCGCACCACCGCCGUCACGCGCCCGCGAACCGCAGCUCUCCCCGCCGCGAGACCCAGGAUCGAGCGCCCAGAUCCGGUCACGCAGCCACCAGCUCCCCAAGGCGCAGCCUUCCACCUCCACGCCGGCGACAGCAGGAGGCGCAUCGCGCGCCCCGGCCUCCGCAGCGUCUCCCGGCCGCCGCUCCAGGCCCAGGCCAAGAUCCGCUGCCGCCGAGAUCCCACCGCGCCACACCCUCCGACACCGCGCCGGCGCCCUGAGAAAGCUUCCACCCCUCACCUCCAGACCGUGCUCUUCCUCUCCCAGUGCUCCCCGCCGUGCGCCGCCACUCCAGAGACAUCCACUGCGCCGCCCGCUUGA